AACUUUUAUGAAUUAAAUAUUAUUAUCUUCCUGUACUCUAGUGCAAUAGAUUCACUGGUUUCCCUAGCGUCGGAGAUGAAGCCGGUAGCCAAUACGUAUGACGACAUAGACUUAAAUAUAGGUUCGAAGCACGCCUUUCAACACUGCGGCAAUGUUAAAUUCAAGCGUUCCUUUCCAAACAUCGACUACGCGUUGUACGGGUAUCAUAUACUGAAGGGAUUUCCGCUGGCAGAUGGUCACGACCCAGGGUUCACCUACCCUAUAUUUGCUGCCGAUUUUUCCUCAAAUGGUGUAUCCGCUGAUUGCCGUUUCUUUGUACCCGAUGGACUAGUUGUCAACCCUGAUGUUUCAUGUUUCCUUUCAGUAACCUCUCAGACAGUUCAAACACAAUAUGAAUAUUCAAAACUUCUUGAAGCACACACUAACAUAGAAGGUGAAGACAGAAAACAAGGAGACAAUGACGCGAAAGCACCGAAGAACACCGAAGACACUUCAGAAAACCCAUGGGGUGAAAGCUUCUCUGCAAGCAUUGGGUAUAAGCAAACGUCGUCAAAACUAUCAUCCGGUGCAACUGUUUACGUGUUUUCCACAGUAAAAUGCAAAUAUUAUUUUAGUAAGUUGGUACAGGAGGAAGCUCCACAAUUCGACGAGGCUUUUCUUAAUCUCUUAAACAAACUCGAUGAAGCGGAUCUUGACAUUCAACUUUACUUCAAGCUUUUUGACACUUACGGCACACAUUUCGUAAAAGAAGUUACAUUUGGAGCUAGAUAUACAUUUGAACACAAAAUGUCGUCAAAAUAUUAUAAUCAAUUAAAGAGGCGGAAUGUCAACGUGAAUAUUUUAUCAGAUUACGUAGGGGCAAAACGUUUAUCUCUUGAUGCUAGUUUGUCAACUACGCUUCAGAGAUAUGCCCCCGAAUUCGAAGAGAAUGUUGAAACAAAAGUAAUUCCUGUUGGUAUCGCCCCAGCAGAAAAUGGAACGGCGCUAUCGUGGGCCUUAGAGGUUCAGUCAAACCCAAUACCGACGGAGUAUAAACUUUCAUCGAUCGAAGACCUUUUUACAGAUACAUUUAUGGAAAACAUGACAAUCAACUAUCAAAAGAUGCGUGGUCAUAUAAUAGGCUUAAAGUACCAAUAUUGUUCCUUUCUGCAAGAAGCUGGUAAAGUGGAAUCUUGUGCAAAUCUAGGCGCUGGAAUCAUCUUACAGAACACAAAACUAUUAAGACACUACAAAGAACUUGCCGUCACCUCGAUAUCUGGAUGCAUCGACAAAUGUUUGAAAGAUGUCCUCUGCAAAGCAACAACUUACUGCAUUUCAUGUUUGAGUAAAGAUCCCGGUUACAAGAAGUGUUUUUUACUGAGGGGACUAAAUAACUCGGCAAUUUCAGCUGUCAAAACAGAAAAACCGGACCCUCUUUGGCAGAGUAAUAUCUUUACAGUGAAAAUGGACACCCAACUGAAAUUAAGCGAUGUUUCUGUUAUUGGUCCAGAAAUCUCUAUUGACGAUGAAGAUGAUAAGCGCGCAGAUCUUGACCGCUGUCAACAGCUCUGCAUUACUGAAGCUUACUGUUCAGUUUACACGUUUAGUUACAGUUCAGGCAAUACCACUCUAUGUAAACUUUACGAUCAAAAGCUUGUAACAGCCCUUGAGAAAAUGGUUGGCAUGGAUACUUUCUUUCUACCCAGCAACAUUGACGUAACUUUAUAGAUAUAAUAACUAUAUCUGAAUACAUUGAUGAACUGUUUCGAUCCUAGCCAUUAGCCUCUUGGAAGCGAAAGUGAUUAGCUUUUACCACCAUUUUAGUGCCAGGUCUGCUUGCACAAAUGAUAGUAUUUUGAUAUUAAAAUUUAUUAUAACUUAAAAUUGGUUCAAAAGUGAAAACAAUGCUGUAACCACUACAAAAACUCUGAAUGUUGGGGGUUAAUAAUGCAACAGAACAUUGCUACAUUUUUUCGCAAGAAAUAAAAAGAGAAAAAGUAAA